CACUCCCCUCUUUCCACAAAUUCUCCUUAUUAAAAUCCUCACAAACCCCAAGAGAGCCAAAUCCCUUCAAAAACUUGGGAGAUCAAUCAAAACCCACCUCAUCUCUCUGUUCCCUUUUUCUUUUUUAAUUGUUAGAUGCUUAUGAUCUUAGCUGAUCUUCCCUCCCUAGCUAGCUGUCGUUGUUUUUUAGCUGUACUGAUUAUGGAGUUUCAACUGGCUCUCGCUCUCUCAAGUAAUCCAAUCAAGAAUUUCGACUUAAACAAAUAUGAGAACGACCCAAAAGAGAUUUGCUGCUCGGGAAAGAACAAAACUCAGAAGCGUAGCUUCGAUGAUGAUGCCCUCACGAUGGUGAGCCCCGUGGCUCAAACACUGCCUCUUCUGUCAUGGAAUGAUAGGCGGCCAAACGACGAGGAUGAUGGUGAUGGUUAUCGUAAGAACCACCAAAACAGCUCCUGUUACACUAUUCACGGGAGUAAUGGAGAGGGAGAUGGGAUUGUGGGGUGGCCACCCAUCAAACGUUCCAGGAGAAAUUUUCAUCUUCAUCACCACCACCACCACCACCAUCAUCAUCAGCAGCAGCAACAGCAGAAUCAAGCUGUUCAAGGCUCCAUGUACGUGAAGGUGAAGAUGGAAGGUGUUCCCAUUGGAAGGAAAGUUGAUCUUAACCUUCAUAACUCUUAUCAGACACUCACUAACACUUUGAUCUCCAUGUUUGGAAGAUAUGAGGGAGACAUGAUGAGGGGAUCAAAUGAGGGUACACGUUACACCCUCGCUUACCAACACAGAGAUGGGGUCUGGCUACUUGUGGGAGAUACUACUCCUUGGCAAACUUUCGUCGGGUCAGUACAACGUCUGAAAAUACUGAGGACUGGUGGCUGAAAGACUCGCGUGUCGUGUUGAAAUUUCUAAGCG